AUGGUUGACUUUAUGAGCCUUAGAAGGGCAGAUAAUUAUGAUAAGGUUGAUGAUGCAGUAUUAGGAAACUUGAAAAUCUAUGCGCCGGAUUUAAUUUAUCCAUUAACACGGUUUCCUCUAAGGAGGUUGAAAGGGAUGCCUCCAUUGGACCAAUCUUUGAAAAUUGACGAAAAAUUCAAAGGCGUUCACCUAAUCAGAAAAUUACAAGACCUUGCCUGGGUGCUCAUUAUGCAUGGUGCUGAUACCAAUUUAUGGGGUGAUAUGCUCUUCUUGUAUUUAUCACCUGAAUUGAAGCGUCGUGUGAGAGUGCGUUUGAAUGCAAAAAACCCCCGCAGUAUGAGACAAGCUGAUUGUUGGCUACAUUCUCUAAUUGCUUUAACUGAGAGAGUUAAUUUUGAAACAUAUAGAAAAAAUAUGUUGGAUUUGAUUGAAGCCGUCAACACCAAUUAUGGCGACCCUUUGACUGAGUCCCUAUUUACUGUGAUUCUGUUGGCACAAGAGUUGCCAGACGAGGUUGCAUUACCAAAAGCCAAGUUAAAGAUUUCCUAUCUCACAAAACGUAUGAGAUCAUAUAAUAGUGGCUGUAUCCUAAACGAACAAAGCUUUCAGAAAAGUUUGACAGAUAUAAAAUCGUGUCAAGAAUUGAGGCAGUUAAUCUCGGAAAACAUUAAGGAGGGUGCACUUGUAAAUUUUUGCUAA